AUGCCUCGAGUGGACUCAGACCUCAAGCUGGACUUCAAGGAUGUCCUGUUCCGACCCAAGAGGAGCAGCCUGAAGAGUCGCUCAGAGGUGGACCUUCAGAGGACCUUCACAUUCCGUAACUCCAAGCAGACGUACACCGGCAUCCCGGUCAUCGCCGCCAACAUGGACACCACCGGGACGUUUGAGAUGGCGCAGGUCCUCAGCCAACACACCCUCUUCACAACCAUUCACAAACACUACUCCAUAGAGGAAUGGAAGAACUUUGCUGCUUCUCAUCCAGAAUGCCUGGAGCAUUUAGCUGCCAGCUCCGGCAGCAGCAACGCAGACCUGGAGAAGCUGUGUGCCAUCGUGGAAGCCGUCCCCGGCCUCAAGUACCUCUGCCUGGACGUGGCCAACGGCUACUCCGAGUACUUUGUGGAGUUUGUGAAGACGGUCAGAGGGAAGUUCCCCAAACACACCAUCAUGGCCGGGAACGUGGUAACAGGGGAGAUGGUGGAGGAGCUCAUCCUCUCCGGGGCCGACAUCAUCAAAGUGGGCAUCGGGCCAGGUUCUGUGUGCACGACGAGGAUCAAGACCGGAGUGGGUUACCCACAGCUCAGUGCUGUCAUAGAGUGUGCAGACUCCGCCCAUGGACUGAAAGGACACAUCAUCUCUGAUGGAGGCUGCAGUUGCCCCGGUGACGUCGCCAAGGCCUUUGGUGCCGGGGCCGACUUCGUGAUGAUGGGGGGGAUGCUCGCAGGCCACGACCAGUGCAACGGUGAGGUCAUCGAGAAGGACGGCAAGAAGUACAAACUCUUCUACGGCAUGAGCUCCGACACGGCCAUGAAGAAGUACGUGGGCGGGGUCGCAGAGUACAGGGCAUCUGAGGGGAGGACGGUGCAGGUGCCGUACAGGGGGGACGUGGAGAACACCAUCCGUGACGUGCUGGGGGGGCUGCGCUCCACCUGCACCUACGUGGGCGCCGCCAAGCUGAAGGAGCUCAGCAGGAGAACCACCUUCAUCCGUGUCACACAACAGUCAAGCCACAUGUUCACUUAG